AUGGCGUCGUCCUCCGCGCGCGUCCUCGCGACGCUCCUCGGGUUCCUCCUGGUCGCGGUCGCGACCGCGCCCGCCGCCGCGGACGCCGCGCGAUCCCUCCGCGCCGCGGACGUCCCCGCCGCCGCCGGCGCGCGCGCGGUCUUCGUCAGCUGUCCGAGCUGACGACUGAAGCGCUUCCCCGAGCUCAAGCGGCUCAUGAAGGACGAGGUCGAGGCGGGCGCGUGGGGCGACGACGUGACGGUGAAGUGGGAGCACGGGCACCCGGUGACGCUCGUGGUGUACGGCGACGACGGGAAGACGGAGGUGAUGCGCGAGAACGUGGAGGACUGGGGGAUACGGAAGGUGCGGGAGACGCUCAGCGAGCGCGGGUUUCGAAAGACCGACGACGACGGCGGUUUUGGAGGAGGAGGCGGCGUGCGGCGGGCGAACGACGUGAACGCGUUCGCCGCGUUCUCGAAGUCCGGCGAGGCGGACCGGACGACGGUCAGGACGCAGCCGAUCAACGCUGGAUAG